CAACUAGAGUCCCAGUCUCCCACACAUCCGUAUUCCUGGCCCUAGUUCGACGGCUGCCGAAGAGUGGGCCUUUUAGUUAUUGUUCGAUACUAGAUACAUAUUGCCUAAGAGACAGAAAACAUGAGCAGGUCACUGUGAAUGUUAUGAGGUAGCCCCCAGCCCCACCCACAGGCAGCUGUUUCCGUCAUUAGCACGGCUGGCAUUCACGCCACUUCUGCUCUAACGCGGGGGCAUGUGGUAGUUGUAGUUUCCGCCCCCCGGACCCCCGCAUCAGGUGACGCUGGAAUCCCAUAGUUCCUUGCGCGCACUACCACGACUCAGACACCGCGUGGGAAGCUGGGAGUUGUAGUCCUGCCUGGGAUUGCCUGUGACUGGGGGGGCAGAGCGGGCCUCGGAUUCCCAGAGAGCCGCACGACGCGGCCUGGACUUCGGAGAGGCUGAUUUUGAGGAGUGUGGUGGCGGCGGCCGCAGGGAAGGUUCCCUAGCCCGGUACCAUUCAGCGCUUGUACUUGUCGCUCCUCAGUAUGAGCGCCGCCAACCGGGCCCGGGGCGGGGGCGAGGCCUUCGUGGAGCAGGUACAAGCGGGGACAAAUAAAGGACCCGUGACUUCCGCGGCUGCAUCUGGCGGAGCGUCCGUGCCCGGGGCCUUUAUGAAGAUAGGGAGAGACAAUGGAAAAGUUACAACAGUGGUAGCAACCCCUGGUCAGGGACCAGACCGCCCACAGGAGGUUUCUUAUACAGACAUCAAAGUCAUUGGUAAUGGCUCCUUCGGGGUGGUAUACCAGGCUCGGCUGGUGGGCUGUGGAGAAAUGGUGGCUAUCAAGAAAGUUCUACAGGAUAAGAGGUUCAAGAACCGGGAGCUGCAGAUCAUGCGCAGGCUGGAUCACUGUAACAUUGUGCGCCUGAGAUAUUUCUUCUACUCCAGUGGGGAGAAGAAAGACGAGGUUUACCUAAACCUGGUCCUGGAUUUUGUCCCGGAGACUGUCUAUCGUGUAGCUCGUCACUUUGCAAAAGCCAAAACCUCAUUACCGUCCAUUUAUGUGAAGGUAUACAUGUAUCAGCUGUUCCGCAGCUUGGCUUAUAUCCAUUCUCAGGGUGUCUGUCACAGAGACAUUAAACCACAGAACUUGCUGGUAGAUCCAGACACUGCUGUACUUAAGCUUUGUGACUUUGGCAGUGCAAAGCAGCUUGUUCGUGGGGAGCCAAAUGUGUCCUAUAUAUGUUCGAGGUAUUACAGAGCCCCAGAGCUCAUUUUUGGAGCCACAGACUACACUGCAAAUAUUGACAUAUGGUCAGCAGGUUGUGUCCUUGCCGAGCUGCUCCUGGGCCAGCCUAUCUUUCCCGGAGAUAGUGGAGUGGACCAGCUGGUGGAAAUUAUCAAGGUUUUGGGGACUCCCACACGGGAACAAAUAAGAGAGAUGAACCCAAACUACACAGAGUUCAAAUUCCCACAGAUCAAAGCACAUCCUUGGACAAAGGUCUUUAAACCCCGAACCUGCCCUGAAGCCAUAACAUUGUGCAGCCGGCUAUUGGAGUACACACCAGACACUCGCCUCUCCCCACUGCAGGCCUGCGCACACUCCUACUUUGAUGAGCUCCGUGACCCUAACACACGCCUCCCUAGUGGACGCGAGUUACCCCCUAUCUUCAACUUCAGCUCUGUAGAGCUCUCCAUUCAGCCUUCGCUGAACUCCAUCCUCAUACCCCCCCACCUGCAGUCUUCUCAUUUGCAUGGUGACGGGAGACCUGGAUCAGACAGACUGAAAAGCGGCGAUGUGGCAGAGCUGAAUAGCUCCUGAGGAGUGCAUCCUUCCCCAAUCCCCACCACUUAUAUUAAACAGACACUCGACCAAUCCUGCUCCCACCAGAACUUUUACUUACUGGCAGCCAGCUCUGGGGCUGGUCAGUUGAUUGGGUUGGUAGAGUUGUUUUGUUCUCUUUGCCUCCUGUCCUACUGACUUCUGAUGCUCUCAGUGCCAGCAGCCGAACACAUUAGGGGAUAGCCACAUCACUCACUCCGGGUUACCUACAGCGAUGGAUCGUUUGGACUGUGCUGAGGUUUAGAAUCAAUACUUUGUGACGUUUGCAAACUCUGCCUUGUAUGCCACAUAGCUCCUACCAGUGUGACUGUGGCGCUUCUCUGAGGUAUACCUGCCUGAGAGACCUCCCUGCCCUUGUUACAGGUUGGCUUGUCUGAAAGCAGUAAACAAAUGUAGGUUGUCUGAAGGCCAUCUGGUAUAUACAUUGCAUUUUUUGAGCUUUUCUCAUUGGGUAGGGAAAGCAUAGUAUGUUCCCAAACAUAAGGCAGUUGCUGAGCCACUACCAACAGAAUCCAUUGCCUACUAAGGCCCUCAUUUCUGUGGCUCAGCAAGAGCUGUACAGCUCUGUUCACUAUUAUUUUGCUAUAUAAACCAACCAGGUGACUUAAAACAAAAUUCAGUUGUUCACAGUGAAAUUCUUUGUGGCUUAAUAUUUGCUUCAAAUGCAAAGCUUGGCCCUGCUUCCUUUUAGGAUUGUAGUCUGGAUCCAAUCUUGGGAUAAUGGUACACAAUACGUUUUGAUCCCUACUGCCCUCCAACCACAUCAGCGGUGGUCAAAACGUCCCAUCAAACUCUCACUCAUUACAUUGUGCAAUUUGCAGUUUACUGCUGCCUCCUUGAAAGUUGUAGGGUUUUAAAUUUGACCCCUGCUGCUGUCAUCUGGAUUAUACUGGGAAGCAGAAGGUCACCCUACCUGUAGAUUUCUUCUGUGUAAGCGUUGAAUAGUGAUACAGCCUACUUAGUAGUAAUGGGACAAAUUUAGUAGGGGAGACACUGCUGCUUAGGGUGUCACAUGGCUUCAGGAAUUAUCUUGGGGCGUCCAUGCUUUAUGGGGAGACAGAAAAAAAUACAUCAUUAUGCACCUUAUUAAAUAAUACAUAUUAAUGAUAUUGUCACUUAUAUGAUAUUAAUUGAGUCCUUUGCCCAUGCCCAACUGAGCGAAAUUCUCCAGUUUGGAUCUGGUGGUUGCUUGUGUAAGUGACUGUAGCAACCAAGCUGAGUGGGAUCCAGAAAGGGUUACACCAUUGUAAGUAUUUAAUAUUAAUCAUCAAGGGUGGUGCUUCUUAUACAUAUCUUUCCAUUUUGGUGGAACUUUAAUUGGCCCUAUUUUGUAUUGUGACUGCUAAAGGCUUUUGCUGUUUGGAUCAUAAUGACUGAUGCUGGAAUAGCCAGUGUAUAGCGGAUAGUUUGCCCCAUAGCAGCCUUUGUGUACCGUCUUGCUUCUGUUAUGUGCUAGGGCAACUGCAGCGGGAUUGGCCUGCCAUGCAGAUGUCAGGCCAGGGGGGGACACAUUUUUGGCCUAUGAAAUUGUACUUGUGUAACUGGUUUUAAUUGACUCUUUAAUGAACUUGACCCAACUAUUUAGCUUGGAUUGUGAUGAUAAGGUGUGAAUGUUGAGUACUAGGAUAGGAGACUUGUUAGAAUAAGGCCCGAUGAUAUAAUCACGAUGGUCUCAUUGGAAAGGUAACCGAAUGGGGACCAGCACGUUGUAUAGAGAAUCAGAGAGCAGCAGGUGGAACCCUGAAUGGAGCUGGCAGCUGACUUGUAACUGCCCUGGGAUGGGCAACUGUCCAGUCCAAACAUAUAAAGGUACCCCUGCAUCCUAAACAUGAAUGGAGUUUUUACCCUAUUUUUAAAUAUCUUAAGCAAUGCGAUUUUUAAUUACCCUCCCCAAUAUUUAUUGUCCACUAUAAAGAGUGGCAUGGCUAACAGCCUUGUGUUCCCCUGAACUGUACCAAGAAAUCUCCCUCUUCUCUAUGUACUUCAUCGCCGAUCAGUCGUGGCUGCUCUAUAGGUAGCGCCCUUAUAUUGUGGUGUCACCUUUAUAGCCAGGCGAGCUGGACUCUUAUACAGUGGGUUCCUACAUUCUUUGUGCAUUAUUAUCAUCUCUCACAGUGACUGGGAUGCAGAUAUAACCCUUUGUGUGCUGGGACCCUACUCUGUAUCACUGUGUCCAGGUGAAGGCUCUCGUGCUGGCUGUCUGUCUGGGGGAGGGAGGGUGUGAGGGUGCUGGCUGUCUGUCUGGGGGAGGGUGGGUGCUGGCUGUCUGUCUGGGGAGGGAAGGAAGGUGCUGCCUGUACCACCUCACUGCAUAGCACACGGGCAUUUCUUAUCCCACAUUCUAGAACUUCCCCACCAAAAAAUUAUUUAAUUCUUCCCAUUCUCCUUUGCUGGGUCAGGUUUGGAAUUUUGUUUGUAAAUAUAUAUAUUUUAGAUCUUUCUUUUUUUUUUUUUUUUCUUGCCUCAUACUACAAAUUCUUGUAUCUAAGGAAAUGUAGCUAAUGAUUUCUCUGUAAAUAUGUUCAUUUUUUUUCUUAAUGAAAAAUUGUUGAGUCCUUGCUGAUUUACCCUUUUUUUUUUUUUUUUUUUUUUCUUUUGCCUUUUUGGUACCCUCCUCCCCCUUUUUAACCAUUUUAUUUCUCAGACCCUUCCCUUUUUAUUCCUGUUUUAGAAUCAAGAAGUGAAUACUGUAUUGUUAGAAGCAAAACAAAAAGAGCCAGGAUGUAGUUUGUUAGGAGCCCGGUCUCUGGCUUCUGGUUUCUGAACGUGUACAGCAAUCUUGAAUAAAUUAUUGGCAUGAAGAA